AUGGCCAAACGCACCAAGAAGGUUGGAAUUACUGGCAAAUAUGGUACUCGUUACGGUGCCUCCCUUCGUAAAAUGGUCAAAAAAAUGGAAGUGACCCAACACGCCAAAUAUACUUGCUCCUUCUGUGGAAAAGAUGCCAUGAAACGUAGCUGUGUGGGUAUUUGGUCAUGCAAGCGUUGUAAAAGAACUGUAGCUGGUGGGGCCUGGGUUUUCUCAACCACUGCAGCUUCAUCCUGUCGUUCAGCUGUCAGAAGAUUACGUGAGGUCAAGUAA